ACACGCAGAUGUUAAGGAGGCGAAGAUCGGGUUGUCGACAGCGGACAGCGACAGUCCCUAGGUCCUAGGAUAGUAGGAUGGUAUAUGUGCACAAGAGGGACCUGAGGCAGCUAUUGAAGCGAAAUUGGUUCCUAUUCGGUGUCCUCCUAUGCAUUCUCCUCGCACAGUUAUUCCCCAGCCUAGGAGCCACGGGGGGUGUGCUAAAGCCCGAGUGGACGGUCAAGUAUGGGGCAGUCGGUGUGAUAUUUUUCAUAUCUGGCCUUUCGCUCAGGCUGGUAGACCUGGUGGAAGCGGCUGAAUCGUACAGGAUUCAUGCGUUUAUACAGAUUUUUACUUUUGUCGUUAUACCACUGGUUGUCCAAAUCCUCUGUGCCUUACUUGGUUUCAUAUUUGGUGUGAACGAGUGGAUACUGAAAGGACUGAUCACAGUAAGCUGUAUGCCACCUCCUGUAUCGUCGGCGAUCAUUAUAACAAAGUCAAUCGGUGGCAAUGAGGCAGCAGCAGUAUUCAAUUCCAUACUUGGAAGUUUUCUAGGCAUAAUAAUAUCACCCAUAAUUUUACUACUGUUUUUGGGCUCUACUGCAAUAAUUUCGAUGGUGAAUUCCGUCAUUAUACUAUCACAGUCAGUGAUAAUACCAUUACUGGUCGGACUUUUAGUGAGACAUUUCAACCUGGUGAGGAACCCUUUGAGGAUGCCGUUAUCGUCCAUCAGCCAGGUUCUGCUUCUCCUGGUAAUUUUCACGACAUUCUGUGAUGCGUUUCUAACGCACGAUGCGCCAAUGAAUGCCUCGGAUAUUCUAGUCACUAUUGUUUUAGUUGUGUACAUUCAGCUUAUGUUCCUGUACGCAUGUUUUCACAUCUCUCAACAGCUGAAGGCUUUCACUGCUCCUGAUAUUGUAGCGAUAACUUUCUGCUCCACACACAAAUCUCUAACGCUAGGAAUACCAAUUUUGAGGAUUUUAUUCUCUGGUUAUUCGCAUUUCUCACAAAUUACACUACCGCUGCUGGUAUACCACCCGAUUCAGAUCAUCCUCGGUGGGCUUUUGGUGCCGCCUUUUAAAAAAUGGAUGAUUCAUUACAGAUCAAAGUUCAAACUACUGCCUUGAAUGUAUUUCUGAAUCCAAGAGUUAGAAACUUAAAAACAAGACUGUGACUAUAGCACAAAAAUACCAAAAACACAAGGGCAUUCGUCAACUUCACAUUACAUCAAUGUUCAAGUUGCCAAUUUGUAUUAACAUAUUUAA